GGCGGAGCCAAGUAAGAGAAAGUGGUACAGUGGGUUGAUUGCUCCCAAGAUAAACCGGCGGCCAGCAUCUCUACCGGCAGUGUUACCGUUCAUCUUCUUCAAACUCCUCUUCAUCACCACUGCUGCCCUUCGCAAGUUAAGAGCCUGACAAUCAUUCACACACACACACACAAGGAGGAUUUAGCUGCUUGCAAACCGAGCGACACUUUGCAUGCUGCGGUGUCUGGAAGUGAAGGAAGCGAAGAUUAACGACCCAGUUACGUGGCUGUAGGAUGGAGACUCAGAUACAUGUGCCCGUCGGCUCGCCGGUCAUCAGGAAAAUCCCCAUCUUCGUGGACGAACACGACGUCGCGGGGGGAGCGAUGGAGCUCAUCAAAGAGCUGAGACCGGCGUGGGACUCCAGCCUUGUCAAGACCAAGCUCUUCACUGAUGGAACCACCAACAAGCUGGUGGGCUGCUAUGUGGAGGACAGUCCGGACGAUGUGGUGCUGGUGCGAGUAUACGGCAACAAGACAGAGUUGAUCGUGGACAGAGACAAUGAGCUCAAAAGCUUUCAGGUACUACAUGCGAACGGUUGUGCGCCCCGCCUCUACUGCACCUUUCAGAACGGCCUCUGCUAUGAGUUUAUGCAAGGGGACGCUCUUGGGACGCAGGAUGUCCGGGAUCCUUCCCUGCUCAGAAUGAUAUCCAGGGAGAUGGCUCGUAUCCAUGCAAUCCACGCACACAACGGCUGCAUCCCCAAACCCAACCUCUGGAUCAAGAUGAGAAAAUACUUCUCUCUUGUGGCCACAGAGUUCACAGACCAAGCCUCCAACAUCAGGAUCCAGCAGGAGGUGCCCAGCAAGGCCGUUCUGGAGGAGGAGAUGGUUUGGAUGAAGGAGCAUCUAUCCACACUUGGCUCCCCUGUAGUGCUUUGCCACAAUGACCUGCUCUGCAAGAACAUAAUCCACAACAACAAAGAGGGUCAUGUUCGGUUCAUUGACUAUGAAUACUCCAGCUACAACUACCAGGCCUUCGACAUCGGGAACCACUUCAACGAAUUUGCAGGUAUGGCUGAGUUGGACUAUGGGCUGUACCCCAGUCAGGAAAUGCAAAUGGAAUGGCUCAAAAUUUACCUGCAGGCCUACAAACUCUUCACCAAGAACACAGAGGAUGUCAGCCCGCGGGAGCUGGAGACACUCUAUGUACAGGUCAACAAGUUUGCUCUGGCUUCUCACUUCUUUUGGGGCUUCUGGGCACUCAUCCAGGCAAAAUACUCCUCCAUCGAUUUUGACUUCCUCGGGUACGCUGUGCUUCGCUUCAACCAGUACUUCAAGACCAAACCUGCGGUGAUGGCCAUGCAGAUCCCAGAAUGAGAAGAGAUGAGAGAAUGAGACCGGAUGAGAGGAGAAGACAAGCAGGAGGGUGUAAAAGGUUUUAUGGUGGGAACUCUUCUCAGUGAGCCAGUUGCCAAUUGAGCACUGCUUGGUCUACCCGGCAUCUCUUUUCUGCAACAAGCACAGUUGCUCUUUGAUUCCUCCAGACUUGGCUCCACAUCUGUCACAACUCUAGCUCAACAACUAUAAAACUUCCAUGAGUUCAUUGUGUGUAUGUUCUUAGUUUCUCUAUAAACCUGACGCCUUGCUUUCCUCAGCAGCUGAACCAGUCGUAGUGAACACAGUAGUCUGAGUUUGGGUAGAGAUCACUGCUUUACUGUCCUUCACACCAGGGCAAAAGUGUUCCAAAUCGCUGGUAAUGAAGGUCAAAAGCGAGAUGACACUGUAAGGACAGUUAGGUUCUCCUGUUCUGUGCAUUGUAUCUGUGGCUCAAUGCCACGUCCUCAUUACAGUUAGAAACUGGCUACAGAUGCUUUUCACCUGGGAUUCCUCAAAUUCUGCAUAUGGUGUGCAGUGAGAUCAUUCCUCCUUAUAACAAUUCUAAUCUACCUGAUCCAUCAUUCGCAUUUCUCAGUUUAUGGUGCUAAGUGCUUGUUGCUGUGAUAUCUCUGCACUGUACUUCCCAGAGUCCGCCUGUACAUCUAUUGCUACAAGUGGCACUGUGCCGUCUCCUUUCCUCUGAUUGAUGCAGUUUGAGCUUCUGUCGGUUCCUCCUCUAACUAUUCAGCAAACUGCUGUUGCUGCUGCUGAAGUAGGAAAACUACUUUUCUUUGAGCUCCUGGACUUUUCUCCUCGAAAGACCAACCUGACACUUUAAGAUGUGUGGCGCGACAAAAAGAGAAGCUUCUCAAUGACUGGUAGUAGGUUGAAUCACUAUUGUGUUCUAGCAGUCAGUGAUACAAAGAAACUAAAUGUGCAUUUUGUUAUGUUUGUAGAUUAUUUAUCUCAGGUCAACUUCUGUUCACUUUGGCUGGUUUUAAUUGGAGCAGGGGAGCAGCAGCAGAUAUGAAGGAGACUGGUGUGAAGGCCACUUUAAUCUCUGUCCAUUUCUGUCCUCAAACCAUUUUUCCACCCCCUUCACUUUUAUGGUUAAAGGGACACGCUCUGUUAAACUUUCCAGACCUCUUGGAAAAUUCCCUCCCCUCUAAUGCUUUACUGCUCAUCAGUUUACCAUCUUUAUUCUCCUUCCACCACAGUCAGGUUUCAUCCCUCCCUUUGCCCACAGAUGUUGAGACUUUAACGCCUGUUCCAAUGGAGAACUUAACAUCAGAGACUGCUCUAAGCUCCAAUCUGUAAUCCAGUCACAUCAAAGAUCUACAGCCAAAAUUUUACUUACAUAAUCACACAUUGCGUAAUUCGUGUCGAGGGUCAAAUUGAAAGUAGCUUUAAAAAAGAACCAGGAAUGGGUUUUCUGUGGCUCACUGUCCAUCAUGAGACCACCUCUGUCCCUUCCAGAGAGGAGUUAAUCAACACUUAAACAAAGCUUGAACCCUUAAACUGGGACUCCAGUGUUUGAAAUACUUUUUUAAAUAAGAAAAAAAGGUUGAUUUCAAAGCAUGAAAUCAUAAGAUUGACUCAAGUGACCUCACUUGAGUCAGCCAUUGUGUGGUCUGGAGACUUUACAGAAGUCUACAGAUGUGGAGUUUGAAAUAAGUGAGUUUACAGAGUAGUGAUGUAGCACAUGACAUGAGAGGAGUAAUAGCUCCUGGACUAUGGAUUGUAUGUGUGAUAUGCACAAUGAACACAUUUGAACAAGGAUGUAGAUGUUCAGAUUUCCAAAUUUGACUUCACUCUGCAAAUGUGACACUAUAGUUACCUGCUCCUCAUCUAUGCUUGAGGCUAUGGUUUUAUUCCCAUUGGGGCUAUUUGCACCAUGUCCACUCUUAGUAUUGCAUUUAGGGGGGAGCCAAGAGACAGAUUUUUAAUACAUAUUUAUCAGAAAUGAAUCAGCGGAAAUAUACUGACUUUUCUUCAGUAAAGGAUUUCUAUUUGGAGAUUGUUGUCUCCAGUUCCAGGCUGAACUGACUCAAUUGCAGUGUUAAUUUUGGCAGCUAUUUUUGAUUUAGUCGAAAAUGCAUAUUAGUUUUAGUCACAUUUAGUCAUUUUUAUCCUUCUUAGUUUUAGUCUAGUUUUAGUCGACGAAAACUAAUUACAUUUUAGUCUAGUUUUAGUCACAUUUAGUAGCCACAGUAAACUCCUUUUCUUCCCUUCUCAGGCCCAGGGACCCUGUGUUGUGUCUAAAACUGCAUAAUAGUCUAGCUUGCAGUACUUAGGUUGUCCAUUAGAUAUCCCUACCAGCAUAGGUCUAUAGCAGGGGUCGGCAACCUUUACUUACUUAUUUUGCCCCCUCUUCCCCCAAAUAAAAUGUGUCUGGAGCCGUAAAACUUAUUUGAUAACAAAGCUUAUAAAGUUAUACUAUACUAAACUAUAGUCAACAAAAUUAACACUGCUCAAUUGAUAUCACCUGCGUCAAACUAAUGAUCAUGUUUACUAUCACUUAUUGUUUUGAUUAUUUAUUAGUCUAUGAACUGUCAACGUUUGUUAAAGAAUGCUUCCCAGAGUCCAUAAGUGGUCUCUUAAUUGUCUUGGUUAUGAAAAUUUAGCAUUUAUUCUAUUUAAAACUCAACACCACACACGCACUUCCAUAACCAACAGGACAGGAUUCAGUCCUCCUUCUCAUCAUUGACGUAUUCACUGAUCUGUCCGGUCCGACGACUGGUAAAUACAUACCUCAAUCUCUCUGAAGCCGUUCAUUCAAGCUGGGCUCCAGAGAAGAGGACGGACUUAUCUAUCACAACCACACAAAUUGACUGAGGGGGUGACACUGAGCUUAUUUGUCAGAACAGACAGAGACAAACUGACGAUAUUGGUUUUCAAGUGCUUUUAGAGGGGUCACAUUUAUGUCUGAAAUGUGUCCAUGAAUCUUAGUGAUGAUAAGAGCUGUCUGAAUGUGAAUUAUAACUCAUUUUAGGGCUCUGUGAGGCUUAAUUAAUUUAAGAGGUUACUUAGUGGAAGAUGAAUUGAUAUGAAGGAAAUUAUAUGGGAGCAAAAACCAACCAACAGAAUCUUCCUGAAAAAAAGAA